AUGCUGGACCAGGAUGGCUCAAGAAAAUAUGAUGAAGCUUCGAUUGACGAUGUUAUGAUCCCUAUAUCCGUAGGUGGCGCGGACGACGUGACAGCUCAGAAUGUGCCCCUCCAAAACGAUCCAAGAUAUCCACCAAUACCGGGACCUCUCGAUGCCAAUGACAUUGAAUAUCGAUACUUGACCUUUGAAACGGACAUUCCGCUAAACCCGAUACUCCCAUCUGGGGCGAAAAAUGAGCUUCCGCCGUGUCCCAACCUGCGCGACUUCGACAACCCAUUUACCUGGUCGCUGACCCGGAAAAAGCUCAUGACCUACCUUUCCUGCUCGGUCAAUAUCACAGCCGCCUACUCCGCCGGCUCUUAUGCAUCACCAACGGCUCAGCUGACUGAAAAGUGGGGAAUCUCUGCUGUGGCGUACAAGACUGGCAUUACUAUCUUUACGGCUGGAUUUGGAAUUGCUCCCAUGGUGCUGGCGCCCUUCUCAGAGAUCAAUGGAAGGAGACCUGUCUUUAUUUUUACCGGAAUUCUUUUCGUCAUAUGUCAAAUUGGCUGCGCGGUAACCGACUCAUUUGCAGGAAUGCUGCUGGCUCGAUUCUUCCUUGGCGUUGGAGGAUCUACCUUUUCUACCAUGGUCGGCGGCAUUCUGGCAGACGUUUGGGUCACGGCUGACCGGAACGGUCCCAUGGUCCUUUUCACUGGAGCGACUCUGUUUGGCACCGGGCUAGGGCCUCUAGUCUCUGGCUUCGUUGCACAGCGGACCACAUGGCGUUGGGUAUUCUGGAUACAAGUUAUCACCAGCGGCACCUUGGUCUCUCUUGUCACUGUCUUCUUCAAAGAAACGCGAGGUAGCAUUAUUCUCAGUCGCAAGGCCAAAUUGCUGAACAAAUGGUACGAGCAACUAGAGGCCGCAGGAGCCCUAGGAAUGGAAGUCGAUGGUGAUAGAAUCGGUCAGGAAAAGGGCUCGAAGAGGUGUUGCCGGAUCCGGUGGAAAGUGAAAGCGGACGAAGAAAGACUGUCGAUAAGCCGGAUGAUCGCGGUCUCCCUUUACCGACCUGUUCACAUGCUCGUGACCGAGCCUGUGGUCUUUUGGUUUAGUCUCUGGAUCGCAUUCUCCUGGGCAGUGCUGUAUCUGCAGUUCGGAUCAAUCCCUCUGGUGUUCCAGGUCAAUCACGGCUUCAGCCUAGAACAGACCGGGGUGGUAUUUACUGCGAUGUGUGUCGGGGCUAUUAUCUCCACGGUCCUCAGCAUCUGGCAAGAGAAAUGGGCUGCUAAACACUACCCUGUCAAGAUCAACGGCAGCCCAGAAGGGAGACUGCUGUUCACAUGCAUCGAGUCGGCCUUCAUGCCAAUCGGUUUGUUUUGGUUUGGCUGGACAUGCUACUCCUCCGUCCACUGGAUCGUCCCUACAAUUGCCGUCGGGGUCGCGACAAUGGGCAUCUUCAGCAUCUUCCUGGGAACCUUCAACUACACAGCGGAUUGCUAUCACAUCUAUGCGAGCUCGGCUCUUGCAGCUUCGGGCCUUUGUCGAAACCUACUGGGUGGAUCUUUCCCACUGGUAACAAACCAGCUUUUCACCAACCUGGGUUUCCAAGCUGCAAGCAGCUUACUGGGCGCCAUCGGGCUCGCCUUGACUCUUGUCCCCUGGGUCCUCGUCCUUUACGGACCAAAGAUUAGGGCCAGGAGCAAGAUUGCGAGUUCAUUCACGUGA